CAUCGAAAAGCCUCCAAAAAGCUUAUCAGCAAGAUCCAGUUUCCUAAUUGACCUAUGCAUGUUCAUCUUUGAGCACCAGCUCCAGCUCAUUCUACUCCCUAUGUGUGUGGGUGCAGUUAUCAGAAUAUCGGUACCACACUACUUUGGGCCCGGGACCAGAUCUCGUCUAGAAAACAACAACCAUUUAUCUAUAUUUUUGGCAAAAUUUCAGACUACUCCUGCCCAGAAGUCCUUCCUCUACGAAAAGAUUUCUUAUGACGGUGGUCCCGGAAUAUUGAAUCUGGGACUAAAGCAUAAAUAAUAAGUACCCUGUUUCCCCCGCAUGUGGCUGGGGAGAGCUGGUGCUCUUGUGAGGGCAGUUGGGAGGUGUAUUUCAUGCGGUUUUCUGUCAGCAGGCCGUUGUUCCAGUGAGCCCCUGCGGUGGAGCUUUCCCUCUUUCACAACCGCGCCGGACCAGAGGAGAGUGAAAGCAGCUUUUUGUAAAAGCUCAUUUAAAGCAUUGUAGUGGGAGACAGAGCAUUUAAGCCUUAUUGUUGGGGCCCCGUGGAUUGUCUUUGUGUUAAUUGAUCCUCAUACUGACACCACUCUCUCUCUCUCUCCCUCUCCCUCUCCCUCUCUCUCUCUCUCUCUCUCUCUCUCUCUCUCUCACCCACCCUCCCUCCCCCUAUCUGUCUGGGAUCAGUAUAGCCCUCUCAGGCUGUGUGUAAGUGUAGACUAGAAACAGACUGUUGCCGACCAGUUCCUUGCCAGCUCAACAAAGCUCCCCGGAACCAAGGGUCCGAGAGGACAGGAGGGGGCCCAGCCGGGUUAGGGCGACCUUUGAGAGAACACAGGACCUCCACCAAACCUGGACAGGCGUGGGACUUGAACCCCCAUUCUCCUGUGGCCCCCCACCCCUGCACUGGCCAUUGUGAUGUGACCUUCUCAUUUGGUUCCGGUGGGAUGAAGCUGGGGGCCCACCCUCUCAACACACUCCAGUCAUUUUGUCUCUGCCCCUGUCCUCACCACCACUACCGCAGCCACCAGACUGAGACCCCAGCACCGAACUGCAAACCAAGCCAGCACGUCGGAUAAGACCCCAGCGAAAAGAAAGGCACCUGUUCCCUCCCCGUCCACCUUCUCCAGAUACGUGAUCCAUCCUGGGCACGAGCGUUGGGUCAAGGUGUCAGGUUUUAAACCAGCUCAAGCCGUCACAGCAAAUCUACACGGAACCAGGAAGGCACAGGCUCUCGGGUGGUUUGGGGUGAGAGUGCGGCGGGUCGGGGGGUUGCAGGGGAGGCUGGGGGCUCUCACGCCAAAGGGUCAUUGUACCCACAAUGCACCAGGCCAGAGACAAGCUUUUCUGAGGCUCUGCCAGUCAUGCUCUGAUGAGCUGCCAGAGAUGCCUAUGCUGCUCCUGCUUCUUCAAUAAUUCAUCAGUCUGAAAGGCACAAGGAGAGAGAGAGAGAAAGUAGAAGGCAGAGGGAAUAACAGAUGGUGAACAAGUGGAGGAUCCUGGGAAGGAAGGCAGAAAAUGAGAGCUUUUAAACUUCUGUAAAGAAGAAAGUAAAUACAGGUUUCAGAAGAAGGAAAGACGCUGAGAGAGGGAGAAGUGAACUACAAACCCAGCACGAGUGACUGAGAGAGAGAGGUACAGAGUCACAGGUGGUGAGGGAGGGGACUGGUCAAAAUCUGGAGCACUGAGUCAGAUCACUGACAGACCAGGUAGCGGACAGACAGCAGCACAGACCGCUAAAACUAGGUGUGGUCUAGCGAGCCUAAAAGUGGGCGUGGUCCAGUGAAGCCGGAGCCAUGGUGAACACGAGCCUGCAGCUGAUCAGCUUCACCUGCGCGGUGACGGGCUGGGUGAUGGCCAUCGCCGUGACGGCGCUUCCGCAGUGGAAGGUCACGGCCUUCAUCGGCAGCAACAUCCUCACCUCCGAGAUCGUGUGGGAGGGGAUCUGGAUGAACUGCGUCUAUCAGACCACGGGCCAGAUGCAGUGCAAGACGUACGAGUCCAUGCUGGCGCUGCCGCCGGACGUGCAGGCCGCGCGGGCGCUCAUGUGCCUGGCCAUAUUCCUGGGCUGGCUCUCCUGCACCGUGUCCUGCUGCGGCAUGAAGUGCACCACCUGCGCCGGCGACGACCGGCAGGCCAAGGCCGCCAUCGCGCUGAGCGGCGGCGUGCUCUUCAUCCUCACGGGCCUGUGCGUGCUGGUGCCCGUCUCCUGGACCGCCAACAGCGUGAUCCGGGACUUCUACAACCCGGCCGUGCCCGGGGUGCGCAAGCGCGAGCUGGGCCAGGCCAUCUACCUGGGCUGGGCCGCCGCCGUCAUCCUCAUGCUGAGCGGGGCCGUGCUCAGCUGCACCUGUCCCCACGGCGACAGGAGGGGCUACCGCCGCGGCUACAUGGGCCGCAGCUUCGCCAACACCCGCGCCUCCGCCCCCGAGCCCCCAAAACCCAUCUCCACCAGCAGCCUGCCGCUGAAGGAGUACGUCUGACGCAACGGGCAGGGAGGCACAUAAAGAGAUGGUGGUGAACAGGGGUAGGAGUAAUGGAUCAGUUGGGACAAGGUCUGGAAUGGUACAGAUCCUUGGCUAUUGGUUACCAGGAAGUUGCUGUGGACUGAUCCAUUUACAGGUAGUGUUUUGUGUCUACCUCUUUAUUUAUCAACUUGAGAGCUUAACUGACCAAUAUUGUAUCUGAAUGCAGACUUUUUUCUAUAUGUUUAUGUCAUGAAUUAAAUUUAUAGUAAGUUAUUUAUUUAAUCCAAUUGAACCCAUAUUAUUCUAGGAAUGUUGAGUGGUUUCUACCCUGCAGAACUGUUGGUUUAUGACAAGAGGAAGUGCAGACCAUCAAAGCAGGAAGUGGUGCACCAGUCAUACAUUUUUUCUUCAGUUGACAUCAGAACCUACAGUGUAGCAAACCUCCAGUUGCUAAACCAGCUGUUCUGGGUUAUGAUCAGUGGAAUGUGUAUCUGAAAGCCAGGUGUUUCUGUACCGAGCUUCGUUUGUGUUCUGAGUGAAGUGUGCUGUGUUUUCUCCCAUUUGGCUUUGUUUGUAAUGCACAGUGUUGUGAACCCAAUAAAAUGAAGUUUGAAAUGGCACUGAAACUGAAUAAACCUUUUUGUGAUUAUCAAUACAUUUUUCUAUUGUGUCUAUUGUGACAUUUUUUAUUGUGACAUUUUUCUAUUGUGUCUAUUGU